AUGCAGCCUUCGUCCCCUCGAGACGCGCCUGCUGCUGCUCCUGCUGCUGCUGCUGCCGCUGCUGCUUCAUCCGCUCCUGCUUCAGGAGCUGUGCCAAAUGGAACGAACACUGUGCCUGCUGCUGCUGCAGCAUUAGCAGCAACAGCAGUAGCUGCAGCAGCAGCAGCAACAGUAGACUGCGACAGCAACAUCGAUCAGCAGACUCGGAGUGAAGGGGCCCGCAUCACGACCCUCGUACCUGUCUCAGAAGCUGCAGCAGCAGCAGCAACAGCAACAGAAGCAGCAACAACAACAGCAUCAGAAGCAACAGCGGCAGCAGCAAGAGCGGCCGCUUCUGGUGCUGGAGGCUCCAGGGUAAAUGUCCGCUUUCCUUCAUCGCCAACAACAGCAGCGAACGAUGCAGCAGCAGCAGCAACAGCAGCGGCAGCACCACCAGCUGCUGCUGCUGCUGAUGCCCCAGAAACCGGAGCGGCUGCUGCCGCACUGAGCCGCCAGCCUACUGGCGGCGUCGGGCCCAGCAGCGGCAGCAGCAACAGCAGCAGCAACAGCCGCAGCAGCAACAGCAGCAGCAGCAGCAGCAGCAGCUGGGGGAAAGGAGACACUCUUGUCGCUCAACGAGUCCCUCCUCGCUAUCCUCAGCAGCAGCAGCAGCAGCAGCUGCUGCUGCAGCAGCUGCAGCAGCAGCAGCAGCAAUGCGCAAAACGGACCUACCCAGCAGCAGCAGCAACAACAGCAGCAGAAGCAGAAGCACCAGCAGCAAGAGCUGCGUAG